UCAUCAUAGAGCCAUGGAGUUACGCGUGGGAACAGCGCCACAUCAGCACACGCCACACGUCUUGGGUGUCUCGCAAAGAUCUCCAAAGCUGGCCGGAGACCUCUCGUCCCGGGUGCCCAUCGGCCUGGGCUUGGGAGUCUUGGGAGUGGCCUGUGUUGCACCUCGAGCAUCUCGAGCACCUCGGUCUCGGUCUGCGAAGACACAGUGCAGGUACUCUGCAGAAACCACUCGGGUAAUUGGCGAUUGGGCUGAUGGCUCCAUUGAAGCAGGAGAAGUGGAGCUGGUCGUUUCAGAAUUGGCCGGUGGCAUUGUCCAAUUCAGAAGUGUCCAUGCCAAAGGCAGCUCUCGCUAUGGUGAAGAGUACGAGUUGGAAGUUGGCAGUACUGAAAACUUGUACCUCAUCAAAGCAUCAGACAGACCUUGGCUGUUGAUUGGUGCAUUCAGCCAGGACAGCAAGGGACUUCUGUCUCAGAUGCUGGAAAAAGAGAGUGGUUUGGCUGACAAGAUUGGGACGAUGAUGCUCCAGUUCUUCGACGGUGGGCAGGUGUCUUUCAUCGAAGACUUGGUCCAGAAGAGGUCUGGCGAUCCCCUUCUCAUUUACACUUCGACUCCUGCAGUGUUGGCCCUGAAAAAGAACCUGUCCGAGGAAGUGCUUGCAAAAGUGAGCCUUGUCCCCGUCAAGAACAGCUCCAGGCUGACGAUUGAGGAAGGACGAGAAAUGCGCUUUGUCCUAACCCCGACCAGCAAGUUGCCUGAAGCCUUGUCGGCUUUCGAUCCUUUGACUGGCAGUCUGUUCAGUGGGAAAUUCUUUAGCGCUCACAGAGCCAUUGGCGAAAACGAUAGCGCGGUGGAUAGUGCAGGUAUUGAAGGAUGGGAAGCUUAUGUGGAGGACUGGUAUCACCUCUUUGACGUCUAUUUCUUCACAAAAUCAGCUUCUGAAUCUAUUCGAAAGAUCUUCACGCUGUGUGAAGCCUUGCGGGGCCCAGAUGUGUCCCAGUUGGCGCCGUUGCAUGGCCCUGUGGUGCGGGAACAGUGCUGGAAACUCAUGGCAAAGUAUGAAGCCUGGACAGAGCAGAAGCUUCGGAAGGAGACCCGGCGCAACUUCAAAGUGCUGGUGAUGUAUGCUUCGGCCUAUGGCCACACAAAGACCCUAGCUCAAGAUAUAUCGAAGGGCCUGACUCGGUCUGGUGUGACUGUUGAAGAGAUGAAUCUUGAGCAUUGUACAGCUGAAGAUGUUUCAAAGGCCUUACAAACCGUUGAUGGCUUCUGUAUUGGAAGUCCAACCUUGGGUGGAGAGAUGCCAUCACAAGUGAAGGAGGCAUUGGGUGUGAUUCUGAAUCUUCCAGCAGAUCGGCGUGUGCCUUGUGGGGUCUUUGGCUCCUUCGGUUGGAGCGGUGAAGCGGUGGACGAGUUGCAGUUUCGGCUGAAGGAUUCGGGCUUUCCCUUGGCCUUCGACCCCAUCCGUGCCAAGUUUCGCCCCACAGAUGAGAUCUUGAGACUUUGCAGGGCUUCGGGGGUGCGACUCUUCCAGAAAUUGUGUCGAGAUGUGCUGCAAAAGCGGAAGAAAAUGGCCAGGAACAUCGCCCAAAAAGUGGUGAAGCCAGGAAGUGGAGCCUUGGAGGCCUUUGGAAAGAUGCGAACUUCUCAAGCUGUGAUGACCUCCAAAGUGGAUGGUGAAGAUGUGAUUACUCCAGUAUCAUGGGUGAACCAGGCUUCCUUUGAGCCGCUAGGCCUGACACUUGCGAUUCCCAAGCCACAGAAGCCAGAGAAGGAGAUUCAGGAGGUCCCACAGGAUGUGGAGUUUCGGCUGGAUGACAUCUUGAAGAACCAUCCCAGUGUGAGAACCCGAUAUCUCGAAGGCGACGAGAUGAGGGACAUCUUGAAGGAGCUCAUGGGAGCCGAUGAUGACCGCUUGGACAAGGCCUGUGAUCUACUUGAUCCCUAUGAGGAGGGCAUGGUCACCUUUGAUGAAUUUCGCCUCGCUGUCUUGCCCGGCGAACCCCUGCGGGCGCUGAUUGAAAAUUUGGAUGCCCCAACCAGUGAGGAUGGUCCAGUCUUGCAGGACUUCAUCUUGAGUCUGGCUCCAGAAGGGCAAACCAACUUGGAGUUGGCGAAGGGAGGAGCUCAUAAGAAAGCCAAGCCAACAAAUGGAUGCAUGGUCUUGGAAGGCUGUCAUGCAUUCUUGGAGUGCCACACACUUUCUUCCUUGGAUGCUGGAGAUCAUUCAUUGAUUUAUGCGCAAGUGAAAUCCGGCAAGGUCUUGGAUGAGAAGGUGAAGACUGACAUCCGGUCAGUCAUCGAGUCAUCCAAAAUCAUCGGGUGGGACUUGAAAAAAGAGGCCCAAGCAGCUCAAGCAGCCAAAGUUCCUGCCAUUGCUGCCGUGCCCAAUGCAAGCGCUACCACUGCAACGUCCAGGAUCUCAGGCAACUUUGCCGGGGCUUCACGAUCCAGCUUGAGCUCAAGCAGUGCAACCUCCCGUACUUGCUUGGCUGCCCGUGGCGGUGAGGAGCCGGAGAUGUCUGAGAUUCAAAGCUGGACAGGUCUGACGCCGGGCAAAGAGUAUCGUCUUCAAACCAUGUCAAUUCACAAAGUGGCAGAGGAUACCAGCACCAUUCGAUCUUUGGAUUGGGACCGUGAUCGCUUUGACAUCGAAUUUCGCUUGGAGAGGGGUACUACCUAUAACUCCUACAUCAUCAAAGGUGAGAAGACGGCCCUGGUGGACACCUCACAUGAAAAAUUCCAAGAUCUUUACCUAGCGGCGCUUCAGAAGGAGCUAGACCUAUCCACCUUGGAUUAUUUGAUCGUCUCACACACCGAGCCGGAUCAUUCUGGGCUGAUUGGAAAGGUGUUGGAGAUGGCAGCUGAAGCAGGUAAUGACAAACUUGAGGUCAUCGGCUCCAAGAUGUGUAUUGCCUACUUGGAGAACCUGGUCUUUGUGCCCUUCAAGAGCAGAAUUGUGCAGAAUGGUGUGCAGUUGGAUCUGGGUGGUGGUCACAACUUGGAGUUUGUGAUUGCUCCGAACCUGCACUGGCCUGACACGAUGUUUACCUUUGACCACAAAACAGGAACCCUCUUCACCUGCGAUGCCUUUGGCAUGCACUACUGCUCGGACCAUCCGGAGGAUGUCGAAGGUGUCAAGGAGUUGCUUCCGCAUUAUGCAACUUACUACGACUGUCUCAUGAAGCCCAACGCACGGUCUGUGCUGACAGCAUUGGGGAAAAUUGGACACUUCGACUUGAAGAUGGUGGCAACGGGUCAUGGACCGAUGCUUUCAGAGAAUUUGGAGAGCUUCCUUGAGUACUACAAGUCGUGGAGUGAAAAGGCCACGGCCAAAAUCGGCCCUUCUGUGGCGGUGUUUUGGGUAAGCCGCUUCGGCGAGAGCGAACGCCUCGCGCAGCUGUUUGCACAUGGCCUGACUAGCUGCAGUGUGAACGUCGAGAUGCACGACCUGAAUGCCGUGGAUGCUUUGGAAAUCACUGAGUGCGUGGGCCGCAAUGAGAUCAUUGCCUUCACAGCACCGCCAGCAGAAUCGCAGGCAGCCAUCAACAUUGGAAGUAUCCUGGCGAAUCUGAAGCCCAAGAAGCAUCAGUUCAUGGUUUUGGAUAGCUGUGAGGAUUCUCAAGAGCCAGUGGCUUUACUCCGCAGUCGUAUGUUAGAAGCCAAUAUUCCAGAGGUCUUGCCUGCCAUGGAAGUGAAGAAUCGACCCAUCACUGCACAGGUGUUUCAUAGCUUUGAGGAGGCUGGCAUGCAGAUUGGCAAAAAGAUCACGCAGAAAAACAAGGCAAAGGCAGCGAAGAGUCAGGACAAAGAUCUUUCCAAGGCCUUGGGCCGCGUGGCUAGCAGCCUCUACAUUGUCACGGCCAAGAAAGCUGGGGUACGUCAUGCGAUGGUGGCCAGUUGGGUAACACCUGCAUCCAGCAAGCCGUUAGGGGUAUCGCUGACCAUUGCCAAAGAACGGGCUAUGGAACCUUUGCUCCGCAUCGGUGACAGCUUCACCUUGAACCUCUUGGAGGAAGGGAAGCCACAGACCUUGGCUGUGAUGAAGCACUUCUUACAGCGCUUUGCCCCGGGAGUCGAUCGAUUGGAAGGAGUCGACCACAUUGAAGGAUCUAAUGGCGCCGCUGUUUUGAGGUCUGCUUGUGCCUAUCUUGAGUGCAAGAUCGUGUCGCGUAUGGAUGCUGCUGACCACUGGGUAGGCUACGCUGAGGUGCUCGGUGGCGACGUGGCAAGGUCCAGCGCAACGGCUGCAGUCCAUCAUCGAAAGGUGGGGACCUAUUACUGAGAGGCUCUGAGGUGCCAAUGAUAUCAAGCUGCCAUUUGAGACAGCAGUUCCAGACAGAUUGAGUGUGACAAACACUCGAAUUUUCCGUAGUACAAGGGAGUCAGCACCUUUUCCAACGCUCGAGACCAAGAAACGACUCACAGAAAUCGUUCCCAGCUUCCCAUCUAUUGUUUUGUGACUCGCUGAGGAACAGGCGCUUCCAAGAUGAAUCUGGCACACGUCCAGAGGAAACAGGAUUGUUUUGCUUUUUUUUAAAUGAUUGUUUGGGCAUUUCACUUACGCCUUAUGGCUUCCGCCGAUUUGCAGCUGGCUGAAGAUUUGAAUGAGGUGCCAGUAAAA